AAGGAACCUCCAAAACGGGGCACCACGAAAAAAAAAACACAAAGUAAAGGAAGACCAAUCUAACACUUAUUUUUCAUAUCAUCCGUCACAUAGAAGGGUUUCUUUUAUGCUGAAAGAAAUACUAGCCAUCGUACCCACCAUUAAUUCGGACAGGCGGUCGCGGUUGCAGCAGUAACGGGGAGAAGGAAGGAAGCAAGAAAGGAAAGGAGAGGUGGUGUAUAUUUUUACCAUAAAAGAGGGGUCUUCCAUUCUCUUCCGCGCCCCCCCUCUCCUCCUCUUCUUCUCUCCUUUUUAUUGGCCCUGGCUUUCCGUAGAAGUCCCGUCUCAGCAAAAACUCCCCUCCUCUCGCGGCCUUAACCCACCUUAGUUUGGAUCCAUGGUGAGGGAGAAGAUCCAGAUAAGGAAGGUAGACAACAAGGCGGCGAGGCAGGUGAUGUUUUCCAAGAGGAGGAGGGGACUGCUGAAGAAGGCGGAGGAGCUCUCGAUCCUCUGCGACGCCGAGGUCGCCCUCAUCAUUUUCUCGUCAACCGGCAGGCUCUACGAGUUCUCGAGCUCAAGCAUGAAGGAGAUCAUUGAAAAGCACAGCAAGCAUUCAAAGAACCUACAGAAACCAGACCAACCCUCCCUUGACUUGAACUUAGAGAAUAGCAAGCAUGCAAGUUUGAGCAAACAAGUUGCAGAUAUGAGCCUUCAACUGAGGCAGAUGAGAGGAGAGGUGCUUGAAGGAUUGUCAAUAGAGGAGCUGCAGCAGCUAGAGAAAGCCCUCGAAGCAGGAUUAAGUCGUGUGAUAGAUAGAAAGGGUGAACUGAUCAUGGAACAGAUUAACGAUCUUCGACAAAAGGGAUUGAAGUUGAUGGAAGAAAAUACACGACUAAGAGAGCAAGUACUGAAGAUGUCAAGGGUGGGGAAAGAGAUGGUGAAUGAUAAAGAAAAUGCUCUUAAUGAAGAUGGGCAGUCUUCUGAAUCAGUCACUAACGUUUUGAAGCCAGAAGCAUCACAAGAUUACGAUGACAGUUCUGACACAUCUCUAAAACUAGGGCUGCCUUGUUCAAACUGGAAGUGAGUGUUAGCUGCAGACCAACCAUCCAGGUAUCUUUUCUUAUCACAGUCUGAAAGUGAACACUAGCAACAAUAAGAUGUGAAAAAAAAAAUUGUUUCAAUAAAAGCACUACAUGGAGCCAGAUUGGUCAUCAAUACUGGGGAGUAUGGGUAUGGCCAGUCUAACCUGUUCUUCAUCAAAUGUAAUAGUGGUAUGUGCCCUGUAGGCCGUAAUGUUCUCUGCAAUUUGCUUCAUGAAUUUAUCACCACCAUUUAAGAUGGUAUGCCUUUAUAAGCUAGAAAAUACAAGUUCGGCUCUUGCCAGUGAUUACUCUA